ACACUGUUUCGUACUGCCCAGUACUGCUGCGAGAGCUACCACUAAUCGAGUGAUCAGGCCCAUGCCCAUCUCAUUCCUGCUCCUAACCUUCUAGAUCACGUAUCCUUAUAUCUUCAGGAAGCAUUCCUUGAAUACGGUCGCAUUUCCUCUUCCAUGGCAACGACGGCAACCCUGGUCCCUGGCCAAAACAUCGCAGUCAACAAGUUCAAUGUUCAGGUGGAGCGAUAUCUUUCACAAGGCGGGUUUGCCCAUGUGUAUCUCGUACGGACAGCCACACCGGUGUACAACACAACACAUCAUGUUCUUAAACGCAUUGCCGUUCCUAAUGAAGGCAUGUUGACCGAAGUAAAGCAGGAGGUGGAUGUUAUGAGAUUGCUCAAAGGCCAUCCGAACAUUGUUCAUCUCAUCGAUGCUGCUUGGCAUAGGCUACCGAACGGGACAUACGAAGUAUUCAUUCUGAUGGAAUUCUGUCCCGGAGGUGGAAUCAUCGACAUGAUGAACAGGCGACUGCGCGAGCGCUUGACCGAGGCUGAGAUCCUGACUAUUUUUGUCGAUGUCUGCGAAGGCGUUGCCCACAUGCAUAACUCACGUCCCCCACUUUUACAUCGAGAUCUCAAAGUUGAGAACAUCCUCCAGGCGUCAGCGACCUCUUACAAACUCUGCGACUUUGGUUCUGCGGCUACAGUUUCCAAAGCCCCGACUAAUACACAGGAAUUGCGUGCUCUGGAAGCUGAUCUGAACAGACAUACAACGUUACAAUACAGAGCCCCUGAAAUGGUGGAUCUGUACCUGCGUAGACCAGUCGACGAGAAGAGCGAUGUCUGGGCACUUGGCGUUCUGCUGUACAAGCUUUGCUACUACACAACACCAUUCGAGGAGCAUGGUCCUUUGGCUAUUCUCAAUGUAUCUUAUAAAAUACCCCCGUAUCCUGUCUACUCGCCCCAGAUGAACGCUCUGAUUGCAUCCAUGCUUCGUGAACAUGGGACCCACCGGCCUUCUGUCUUUGAACUUCUUACCAAUGUUCAUAGAAUGCGUGGAACUGUCUCUUCAUAUCAUUACAGCCAUAAUCCCGCUCCUCAAACACUGUCACCACGUAUCCAGUCCUCACGGAAGCCGGUCCCAUCCCCUCAUCCUUUAGACAGCACAAUUUCCUAUCGUGCUGCCCCACAAAUCGCCCUUGGUGCAAAAUCUUUUACUCCAUCUCCAUCUCCUUCGACAAAUGCCGGCCUACAAGCCCGAGAUAAAGUGUUGGAAGCUAUAGCUCCCAUGCGCCGAGGGCGUCCGAUGCGGGAUCAGGAUUCAGGAUCAACAUCAUCCAAGGAACAAUGGCUAAACGAUGAUUUUGGAGCUGAGGAAGAGAAGGCAUGGAAGUCAGCCGUUAAGACUGCUACUCCCGCAAAGAAAAGCUCAAAAGAUGAUGCAUGGGCAAUCUCAUCACAACCGAAAAGCUCAGCUAGUCUACCCAAGGGAUUCAGUGAUGAUUUCGCAACUAAACUCUGGGAUGAGUUCGAAUCAGGUUCUACCAAAUCCCCACCUCAGUUUUCAUCUCCUCGUCCGCAUGAUACUACACCCAAAUUUCCAGCCAGGCGGCAGCCUACAGCUGGCUCAACAACAGGGCAUUUUAAGCCGAGUUCAAGCGUCCGGAGCAAAGAUGCUUUUGAAGGUCUUGGGCUGUCCAUUUCUGACAAGAAACCAGCACCGACCCUUGGGGAGGCACGGAAACUGCGGACUGGACUAGCCGUCAUGAGCCCAGUGUCCCAUAGUUUUGGGUCUUCUGACUUUUACAAUGGCGCUGUUCGAUCAUCUGUAUCCCCUCGCCCCUCAUAUCUCACUUUACCCGAUUCUGCCCCGCUCAAACCGUCUGGUUCUGGCUCUUCAUGGAGCUCCCAGCCUCCGUCUUCUAGGCCGUCUUCUCAGGUAGAUUCAGCAGCAGAAGCCAGGUUUCCAUCAUUGGAGGAACUGGAUGCUAAGUUUGGCGGUGGCAACGGUGCAGAUUCUAGGCCAUUGCCUACUCCACCGGGACGACAGUCCCCGAUUCCACCGCGAACGAGCGGCUUACCAUCGCACGAAGGACCUGCACUUGGAAGACGAAUGUCUACUAGGUUACCUCAGCCGGGAACACAACUCUACGGUCAAAACAAAGUUCGAUCUGAGCAGGUCAUGAAUACUAUGCAAGGUGCUUCAAAGAGUCUCAGUGACAGAGGUGGCCAGGUCGAACGGGAGACUGACAAGGUUAACGGCGAGGCAUCGUCACCGAAUCCAACUGAGAGCCCCUUCAAGCGUCCGGGGGUGACAAGGAAACAUCGCAGCUCAGUGACUAAGAAGCCUCCGGAGACUAAUAACUUACUGGAGUCACCGAGUCGCAGUGCCAGAAUAACUGGUACACCGACAUCUCCGUCAGGCGUGAAUACCCCUCGUCUUCCUCCAAGACCAUCUCCUAAGCCAUCUCCUACACCAACUCAAAGCAAGGACUGGCUGACAGGCGACGAUGAAUCAGAAUCAAUACCUUCUCACUUCACAACACCUACAUCCGCCGACAAAUCUCAUCCUGUCCUUCGUCAGUCGCCAAGUAAACGAGCGUCUUUCAUUGAAAAGAGUGGUUUCUCCAUACCCGAGGCUAACGUUGCCCAGACUGACACUGUUCUACCUCCACCUCCUCCAAUGGACUCCCCAACCUCCUCCACUGCCAGUGGUGCCCCGUCUACCCUAUCAUUAUCACGCGCAGAUCGAGUGUUCCCGCCUUUAGAUACCUCCGCGCCCGACCCUCCUCGUGACGGGGGAUUGACGGACAACUGGAGUCCAGUUGCCUCAAAAAUGCAACAAAGUAAGGAGGUGGAGUCAUCUUCAAGUGCAGAUGAAGGCCCGGAGGAAGCAAACCGUUACGUUCCGACUUCAACUCUCAAAACGCCUGAUCAGCGAGAGAGACGGGCAAGGAAGGGUAGGCAAAGUUCUGUUCACGAUCUAGUCGAUUUGUGGGGUGGUGGCACAGCUAAAGAGCGCGAGAAAGAGAGGGAGUCUACACGGGUUACCAUUACACCAAAGAUGCCAGUGUCAUCUGGUGGAGAUUUGAAGACACCACAGCGCAGACUGAUAACAGGACCAUCGCGCGCUACGGAGACUAAGGAUGACAAACCGACACCAUCUGCUUCACCUGUACCAGCGCUUUUCCCUUCCGAUUCUCUCGGGCAACUUACCCGGUCACCUUCGAUGUCAAGGACAAUGUCAUCACAUCAUACGAAACGAGCAUCCGUCGCAUCUGCAACAUCACCUAUAUCCUCACGUAGUCGACCUCAAUCUAUGUUCAUCUUACCAUCGAAGGCUGCGGAAACGCCUUCACCCUCUUCCGUGGCUCCCGCUGGAUUAUCAAUACCAGAGGAACGUACACCACGACCGGUUCGUCGGACGUCAAUUACCGACAUGGUUCAAAAGUAUGAGAAUAUCGACGCGAACGCGAGAGUGUUCUCUGCCAAAUCUUCUGGUCUGAAAACGCCUUCUCAGUCUAUAGAUGGUGGGAGGAACUCGUCUUCGACGGGAACCCCGCGAAACGAUCUUGUCAAUGGAAAGACGACAUUACUCAUUCCAGACGAGGCAACGCCUAGUCGAACUUCCCCAGUCGGACUUCCUUCUCAUACUUCGACAAUUAAAUUUCCUUCACGGUCUUCCCCAACGCCUAUGUCCGGUGAGAACGAGGAGAGCGUGUCUGCUCCUCCUCUUCGAUCACGGCAGGUGUCUCUGAAAUCUGCAACUUUAGCGGACUCUACAAGGAAAUCGACUGUGGAUGAUAUAGCGUUGCGCAGCAAUGAAAGACGGACGCCGUCUCCUGAUAAGCCGUAUCAGGGCGUAGGAAGGCUCAUUGAUCAAUGGCAGCGGAAGGCAGAGGGUGACGGUACUCGCUCGUCUGUUAAGAGAAAUGGAUUUGUACCCAAGCGAGCGGGUUUGGUUAGUGGUGGCGUUGGUAGAAGCCAUUGAGGCAUUGUACAUUUUUGGAUUCUUCUUUACUGUACUGAUGACUGGAGAUUACAUUAUUGCAUUGACCAUUGAAUACAUGAAAU